AUGAAGAUCUCCGCUGGAAUUCUCGCGGUCGCCCAUGCUAAGGCCAAGAAAAACGGACAUUUUGUCCAAGAAGCUGGAGCAGCAAGAAUCCCCUGCGGUGGGAGAAUUACCGAUGCCGGCUUCAUUGUUUCCCCCGGCUUCGACGACCCAGGCCACUACUUUAACAAUCUCAACUGUACUUGGGAGAUCGAGAUUCCAGGCGUCCGCGACUUCUACAUCCAUCCGGAUUUCUUCGAGCUCGAAGGAGUCAGCGGCUGCCCUUACGACUCGCUGACCAUCAUUGAUGAAACUACGAAUGCCAACUACGAAUUUUGCGGAAAUCAAGAUGCGGACUAUAUUUACACUUCCAACUACAUUUAUACCACCGCGGGUUACUCGACCUCUGACUACAUUUCAUCAACUGAUGCGACAACCUUUGGAGGAACGACAACAACAACCUUUGGCGGAACAACGACAACAACAGAGCAGACAACAACGACAACUACACCGACGACGGCGUCGACGACCUCGUUAGCUUUGAGCAGCUCUGCGAGGAGAAAACGUCGAUCCCACAGCUCUUCUUACGACUCUUACUACGACGAUGGAAGUAACUACGAUAGUAGUUACUGGGGGGGUAGCGAUAGUAGUUUCUGGGAUAACGGCUUCUACGAUCCGAUUUUUGUUGUUGGAAACAAAGCAACAAUCAAUUUUGUGACCGACUACAGCGUCGUUUUGAGAGGAUUCAAGCUGCGAAUUGAAAAGGGACGACCUUUGGUUUGUGAAGAAACUCAGUCUGGAUCUGGAAGAAUCACUAGCCCUUUCUACCAAGAACCAUAUAAAGAGGACACCACCUGCCGCUACUAUCUGAACGCCGAGCCAGGAAAUAUCAUCAAAAUCAAUUUCGAGAGUUUCGAUAUCCAGAAUAGCCGCGAUUGCGGCACAAACUGGCUCUCCAUCAACGGAAGAAAACACUGCGGCGACGAGUCGAAAAGACAUUUGUCCUUUGGCUCGAAGAGAAUUCCUCCAAAAUCAGUGUUGAUUCACUCCGAUUCAACAGAAGUGGUGUUCAGAUCCGACGGAAAGGCUCGAUACAAAGGCUUUGCGUUCACUUGGGAAUCCGUCGAGAACCCUGAUGGUCAGAUAACCUUCGGCCCUCUUGAAAGUGCCGCGGCGUUUCAUGCUCACAUGGAGAGCUUCUACAAUCAGCUCGUCUACCAGAUGAAAUUCCGCGGCUCCCGCCCGUGGAAAACCGACGGACUUCAACGAUUCUGGAAAAGCAUCAUUCUUUCCGAAGAUUUUUUCCAAAACGAGGGCGACUGUGAAUGGGGCUUCCAUCAGCCAAAAUACCAGUCCUUCGAUUUCAGCGAGUUUGAUGAGUCAAAAUCGAAAUGCGAAAAUUUAGCGAGCUUUGCUGAAAACGCCCGGCAGUUUUUCGACAAUUUCUUGUGCAUGGACGGAGUUGAAAAUCCGAGAUCGACUUUAAUUCGCCUCAACCAUCAAGCGAAUAAGAUAGCGCAGCUUUCGCAGAAAUUGGACGAUGACUGUUAG